GCCUCAAUGGAGGAAGCAGCUUCACAGAUUAGAUGUGUGUGAGAACACUUACUUCCAUAGUGAGAGUGUCGCUAACCACUGGAAGUAAAACACAACCCCAGGAGAAAGCCACAUGGGAACUCGCUCUCGAGGAGUUGAAGACCAUUAGGAUAUAUCGUUUAUUUUCGUCGGUACAGGUUGAAGCGGUGCAACCGGUCCAGAAACGAGCAGUAUGCAUUCAGACUGCAGGCUGCUAUGGGCAGAGCGGUAAUGGUGGGCAGGGGACCGACAGGGGCCGGGGUUCUCAUCCUGUCGAUUCUCAUCAUUCUCACCUCGGAAGGCUGUCGAGCCCAGAAAGGUGAUGGCUGUGGCCCCACUGUACUUGGCCCCAGCAGUGGGACUCUGUCCUCUCUGGGUUACCCGGGGACAUACCCAAACAACACGGUGUGUGAGUGGGAGAUCGCUGUGCCUCGCGGCAACAGGAUCCACUUUCGCUUUGCCGAGCUGGACAUAGAAGACAGCGACUGCCAGGUCAACUACCUCCGCCUUUACAACAGCACUGGUCCCGAAAGGAGUGAUUGGAUGAAGUACUGCGGUUUGGGUCUAAAGGUUAAAGAGCUGAUCGAGUCCACUGGCAACAAGGUCACUGUCCAGUUUAUGAGUGGGACCCACCACACUGGCCGAGGAUUCUACCUGUCCUACUCCACCACUGAACACACAGAUCUCAUCACCUGCCUGGACAAAGGAACUGAUUUCCCUGAGGCAGAGUUCAGUAAAUACUGUCCAGCUGGCUGCUUGACUUCGACCGAGGAGAUUUCUGGAACUAUACCUAAUGGAUAUAGAGAGUCCUCUCCUCUGUGUUUGGCGGCCAUCCAUGCAGGUGUGGUGUCUAACGCUGCAGGAGGGAGGAUCAGUGUGGUCAGCAGCAAAGGCAUCCAUCAUUACGAGGGCACACUGGCUAACAAUGUCACUUCCACUCCAGGAACUUUGUCAAACAGCCUCUUCACCUUCAGAACCAGUGGCUGCUAUGGGACGCUGGGUUUAGAGUCUGGCAGUGUUGCAGACACUCAGCUCUCUGCUUCGUCUGUGGGGGAGUGGAAUGGUGAGUGGGCGGCAUCAGGGGCACGACUUAAAAAGGCAGGCUUGCCUUGGGCGCCCUCUCAGACUGACCAGCAGCAGUGGCUACAGAUUGAUCUCAAGAGGGAGAAGAGGAUCACAGGCAUCACCACCACAGGCUCCACACUGAGAGAGUACCAGUCCUAUGUCUCAGCAUACAGGGUCCUAUACAGUAACGAUGGCCAUCAGUGGUCCAUCUACAGGGAAACAAAUUCUACACAAGACAAGAUUUUCCAAGGCAAUGUAAACUACCUGCAUGAGGUGAGGAAUAACUUCAUUCCUCCAAUUAAAGCCCGGUUUCUGAGGAUAAAUCCCACAUUAUGGCACAAGAGAAUUGCGCUCAAGUUGGAGCUGCUUGGUUGCCAACUUCCUGCUGCCAAACCAGGGCCGAGGAUGUCACCGCCUAUUCGCCAUAUUCCACGUCCUGCGGGUACAAAACACCCACCUCGCCUUGGCCAAACCACACCCACCCCAGACAUCCGAAACACCACUAUGCCGCCUGACACCAGCAGAGAUGUGGCGCUGGCAGCGGUUCUGGUUCCCGUGUGGGUGAUGGUUCUGACUGCUCUCAUACUGACUGUGGUUUGUACUUGGCACUGGAGGAACAGAAAGAAGAGCUCUGAGGGAACAUAUGAGCUUCCUCACUGGGAUCGCACAGACUGGUGGAAAAGCAUGAAGCAGCUGCUGCCAUCCAAAAUGGUGGAAACUGAAGAAUCAGUUCGGUACAGCAGCAGUGAGGUGGGGAGGGGUGCAGUACCAAGACUACACGCUGAACCUGCAGAAUAUGCCCAGCCGCUGGUGAGCGGUGUUACAACAUUAGGUGCACGUUCAACUUUUAAACCAGAUGAGGGUCCUGACCCGGGCUACACUGAUCCAGAUCUGUACGACGCCCCCAUCUCACCAGACAUAUACCAUGCCUACGCAGAGCCUUUGCCAGCUUCAGGAUUUGAAUAUGCUACACCCAUCGUGGUUGAUAUGGGUUGCCAUCCAUCAGGAGGAUCCUCUUUGAACCAGCCCACCACUGUGUGUAGUUUUGUGGGUGCUGGGCCUGCCUCCCUGCUCACACAGACAGAAAGUGACCAGUUAGGGAGGCUGGCAUAUGAUACACCCAAAAAUGCCACUGGACAGGUCACAGCCACUGAGGAUCUGACCUAUCAGGUACCUCAGAGUAGCACCCAGAAGCUAAUGGGACAGAGCUGAGCAGCUAGGAUGCACAUGGCCUUAACCUACCCUUCACUGUUCAGCACAGCCCAGUAGAAAAACAUAAGGUUGUUAAAGGAGGAGGAGGUGCACCUGAGAGUCCUGAAGCCUGGGCUUGAGUCUUGAAUGAACACUGCCUUUAGCUUUAGAUUAAUCUGGAGAUGUCUGUACUUCCUAAUUGUUUCUGCAUGGCCACAGACUGCUUGUGUGCUGCCAUCACAGUCCUAUCACUGAAACCCCAACGAUGAAUGUGCUUGUUUGUGCCAGGUGUGAGAGUUGGAGGCAGAUGAAUGAAAGUAUGAAAAGGAGAAAGCUGACUACUGUUUGAUAAAGACUUUGUCCCUGUUCUGUGAUUCUUACCUUUUGUGAAACUCUGACUUUUAUCAGUCCCAUUAUUAUUCUGUUACAUACUGAACCAAGUUCAAUUGAAAUACACCUGAUGACUAACAUUCAAACAUAAGGGAUCUCUUAACUAACAGCAUGUUGCAUCAAGUACCCCAGAUUCAAGGUAAAAAAAAAAAAAAAUCUUUUCUGGUGAAACUAGUUUUCCAUGGUACGUUUUGUCUUAUUUUGUUUAAAAGCAUGACUUGAAAUGUGUAUAGUUCUAGUAAUUCCAUUACUGCAAACCUGUUGGAACUUUCAUAUAUGAUUUACUGAUAUUUAUUUUUGACAUCCUGCUGAUAAGGGAGACAGUGAAAAUGACCUACCAUCACCCUCACUGGUAACAGAUCAGAACAUCGUAAUUGCACUGUUGCAGACACCUUAUUGGCAGCCAGCAGUUUUUGAUAAAUCCUUUCAGAUGUUGUAUGAGAACUUGGAGAGGCUGAUUGGGAGAAUCAAUCCAGUGAACCUCCCAGUGUGAAAAAACUUUAGUAUUGGAGACCAAAUGUUGCCUUUUUUAUGUUUACAUCAUGGGUAUUCAUCACAGAUCUGACUUUCACAGUUGUGCCAAUAUUCUAAGUGUAGCCAAAUAAACAGACCUAGUUAGAUAUCACAAAAAAGGUACAGAGAAAAGAGGUAGAUAGGCAACUCUGUUACAUCUGAUAAUUCAUAGUUUUCCGUGUGUUUGAUUAUUUGUGCAUCAUGUUGAUUGAUGUUGAAAUGGGUGUUUGGGCUGUUGUAAUGCAUUUGGGUGUGACUUGUUCCUUCCUUGUAUCUAUGUGCAUCAAUAUCUGUAUGUGUGGUAAGCUGUUUUCCUUUUUUUUUUUUUUUAGACCUGUGAUUUUUGUUUUAAGGACUGGUAAUGAUGUGGAUUAGUUGGUAGUAGGAUGUGUUCAGUCGUCUGUUGCACCAGUAGCCUGCAUUCCUCUCCUGUCCACCUGUGGUUCUGACCUGACCAAACACUCAAAAGGCAGGAGUGCAGAUGGUGAACAAGCUGCUUUAUAUUUUUACAGAACAGCAACCUUACCUGAGUGAUGGUGGUGUUCACAUAGCUGUACCACUAGUCAUGCUUUGAUUAUGCCCAAUGUAGAGUUUUGGUGCUCUGUUUCAUAAGUAGCUGAGCGACAGUCUUCACAAAUGCACUGCAUUUAUAAAAUAAAGCAUUGGUUUUCUUGAA